AUCUUUCAUUGCGCAACCAGCUUGGAGUUUUCCGCUCACUGUGGCGCAUACAUAUCUUCCAGGUGACGGAUGCCCUGCAACGAGUCAGGGCGAGCCCUGCACACUCUGUGAUUCAAUUAAAAAUGCGUAAAAAAAGACACUGUACUUUGACCAAGAGGCUACACGUGCCGUGGGGAGCAUCAUAAAUACUGUGGCAACCUGUGGACUUCCUCACAGUCUUUCCGCAGCUCUGCACAUGAGUAGUUCAAGGGCGCUCCCAACUUUCUGAUGCCAACUAGUUUUUUACUCCGAGCUUCCGCCCGCAGCCAGUUGUCAUGUUGGAUAAGUUCGGGCCGCAGAGCGCCGGUGUGGCCGUCUCCAGCGCGGAGCUCCAGCUCAAACUGACGGACAACAAGAGCAGCCUGGCCGCAGCAGGGAUGGGGAUGGAGAACGGCACCGGGAAGAAACUCAUAGAGAUAACUGGACCGGCUUUAUCCAAAAGAAAACUUCUGGUGGGGUUAGACCUCCUCUGCCUCUUUCUGGCUUCCAUCCCUUUCUUUGCGUGUGAGCUGAAGGCAGUGAGUCCUUACAGAAGAGGUUUCAUGUGCGGGGACCCCAGCAUCACCUACCCCUACCUGCACCGAGAGGCCAUACCGGACGAAUUACUCAUCGCCGGCGGUAUCAUCAUCACAGGCGUCACUAUCGCCCUUGGGGAGUGUUACCGGGUUCGUUUCAGAGGCGUCAGCUCCAAGGCCUUUGUCAGGAACCUGUACGUGUCCUGUCUGUACAAGGAACUGGGCUGCUUCAUGUUCGGCUGCUGCGUCGGCCAGUCGCUCACCAACAUGGCCAAGCUGAGUGUUGGGAGGCUGCGGCCGCACUUCCUGUCCGUGUGCGGUGUCACCUAUGCGUCGCUUAACUGCACGCCUGGAACCUACAUUGCAACAGUGAACUGCCGCCAGCCUGACCACCGGCUGGAGGAAGAGGCCAGGAAGUCCUUCUUCUCUGGCCACGCUUCCUUUGCGAUGUACACAAUGCUCUAUUUAGCAUUUUACCUGCAGGCGCGGUUGACAUGGCGUGGGGCUCGGCUGCUGAGGCCGGCGCUGCAGUUCUUCCUGGUGCUGCUGGCAGUCUACACAGGUCUGACCCGCAUCUCAGACUACAGGCACCACCCCUCCGACGUGGUAACAGGCUACAUACAAGGAGCCCUCACUGCUUACUGGGUGGCAUUCCACAUCUCGUCCAUGUUCAAAAGCUCGAGUUCAGAUCUGUCUCCGACUGAGACCCUGGACAGCCCGUUGUCGCCCCACCACACUGUCUGCUAAACCUCACCUCCACCAACCCCUGCAUGUACCAACAUCCACCUGCUGCCUGUAGUCUAGCUUGGAUAGACAAGAGAUUUGAAGAAUGUGAGACCAUUUCCUGUGAAGUCAAACCACAUACCUCAGUACUGGGAAAGAGUAAGAGAGAGAG